CUCUCGCAGGAAAUCCGCGUCCUAAAAGAGAAGGGGUAAAUGAGGUAGUAUACAGGGGGAGAGAUCAGAAACCGAAACGGAAGCUGCGUUUCCUUGUGAUCUGCGAGAGAAAAGCGAGAGAGAAAGAGAAAACCCUAGCCAUGAAUCUCAGAAGAGAUUACCGCAGCAACAGGAGUGCUUUGCUUGAUGGAAUUGAGGAGGGUGGAAUCAGGGCCUCCUCGUCCUACACCUCGCAUGAAAUUGAUGAGCAUGAUAAUGAUAGAGCUAUUGAGGGGCUGCAAGAUAGAGUCAAUAUACUAAAGAGGUUGACAGGCGAUAUUCAUGAAGAGGUGGAUAGUCAUAAUCGCAUAUUGGAUCGAAUGGGCAAUGAUAUGGAUUCAUCAAGAGGAGUCCUGUCAGGAACCAUGGAUCGAUUCAAGAUGGUGUUCGAGACGAAAUCAAGCCGCAGAAUGGCUACCCUCAUUGCAUCCUUUCUGGCACUCUUCCUGCUCAUUUAUUACUUGACCAAGUAGAGCCAUCUUCUGAAAUGAACUAAGGUACUAUUGUUAGUGUUUUACAAGGACUCAAAGACUCCUUUUCAGCUUAUGACGGAUCCUUACCUUACUAGUUCCCUCUGUGUGAUAUUGUUUUUCUUUUUUCUUUUCUUUAUAACCAUUGUGAAACAAACUCUUGUCAAUCUAUACAUAUCUUUUCAUUUGAAA